AUGUCGCAAAGUCAUGCCCUCUCCGAUGAUCAGGUCGCGGGCGAGCUCCGCAAGAUGACCGCGUUCAUCCGGCAGGAGGCCCUCGAGAAAGCCCGUGAGAUCCAGCUCAAGGCCGACGAGGAGUUCGCGAUCGAGAAGUCCAAGCUUGUCCGCCAAGAGACUGCCGCCAUCGACACCCUCUACGAGAAGAAGUUCAAGCAGGCCGCCAUGUCCCAGCAGAUCACCCGCUCGACUCUCGCCAACCGGACUCGUCUCCGUGUGCUCGGCGGUCGUCAAGAGCUCUUGGAUGAGCUCUUCGAGAAAGCUCGGAAGAAGGUCUCGACCGUGGCUGCGGAUGAUAAUAAGAAGUAUCAGACCAUGUUGGAGGGUCUGAUCCUCGAGGGCUUUUACUACCUGAACGAGGAGAAGGUUGAGAUUCGUGCGCGGAAGAAGGAUGUCGAUGCCGCGAAGAAGGCUAUUGAGGAGGCCGCGAAGGAGUUCAAGAAGAACGUCGGCAAGGAGGUGACCGCGACUGUGGACGAGUCCGAGCCGCUGCCCGAGGGAUCUGCCGGUGGUGUGGUCAUUGUUGGCGGCAAGGGCAAGAUCGAGAUCAACAACACCUUCGAGGAGCGUCUACGCCUCCUGGAGAUUGACGCUCUCCCCGCCGUGCGAGAGACGUUGUUCGGCAAGAACGUCAACCGGCGCUUCUAUGACUAG